AUGUCGGAGUUACCGUCGUGGGUUAAUGAUCAGAUUAAGAAGGGGGCAUCAUUGUCUGAUUGUUUAGAAAUGUUGAAGUUGUUGAGUGAGAAGGACAGGGAAGAGAGAAAGAUUGAACGGGAAGAGAGACAGGCUGAGCGUGAGAUGAAGAAAGCUGCGUUGGAUCAUGAGUUUAAGGUUAAGGAGUUAGCAUUGAAAGAGGAAGAGUUAAAGGUAGCUAGAGCUAAUGGAGGGAAAUCAAAUGGUAGUUCAUCGGUCCAGAAUUCUCAUGUUAAGCUUCCUAAGUUGGAAGAAGGUAAGGCAUUGGAAGCUUACUCUCGUCUAAGCGAUGGUGAAAGUGGUAAGUAUGAUAAGAUUAAGGAGGCAAUACUCAAACGAUAUGAGUUAACUUCAGAAGCUUAUAGAGAGAAGUUUCGACAGGCAAGGCAACAAUCUGAUGAAUCGUUCAAGGAUUAUCAGGUAUGGGUUCAUGAACAUCGACCAAAGAAUGUUAAGGAAGUGAUCGAUUUGGUUGAGGCCUAUCAAACAGCUCACAAAAGGUUGACGUUCGGAGGGAACCGCAAAAAUGGAACAGAUCGAAAUUCUCAAGGUAAUUUCAAUGUAAAUCAGGGGCAAUUUAAAGCUGAACAAGGAAAAGGCCCGCAGGUCAAAGACAGAGCCUGUUACUAUUGUAAGAGGCCUGGGCAUAUCCAGAGAGACUGUUCUCUUUACAACCGAGGACAGUAUAGAAAACCCGAGGACAAGAAGUUUGGUAAGCUUGGGUUGUGUUUGUCAGAACACGAAAAUAAGCAACAUACAGAGGGGGGAAAACCUGACUUGUAUACAAGUGCAGCGUUGGUCAAACUCCCUGGUGUAAGUACAGGGGAUACAAAAGAUGUAGAUGAUAAUUCAGUACCAGGUUUGGAUAUUUCUAGGGGAAGUGUAGGAGGUAAAGAGGCAACAGUUUUGAGAGAUACUGGUUGUUCAACUGUAUUCGUCCACAGUCGUCUAGUCGAGAAGGAGCAAAUGACCGGGAGAGGAAGGAAGAUAAUUCUUGCUGAUGGGUCCGAGAAACAAUGCCAAGAAGCAUGUGUAGAGAUAGAUACGCCAUUUAUAAAAGGUAAAUUGUUUGCUCUUAUCUUAGAUUCUCCAUUUGCUGACGUCAUACUUGGAAACGUAAUAGACAAGAUCGAGAAAAUGGAAGUUGAGAAACCAGCUGACUGUUUGGCAGUUCAAACAAGAGCACAGACUCGAUUGGAAGCAGAGGAAACGAAGCCUAGACCAAAGAAGACAGAUGAUGGUGAGCUAAAAUUUGACAUUUGUGAUACAGAGACAUUGAUCAAAUUGCAGGAAACUGAUCCUAGCCUGACACGUGUGAGGGAAAUGACAUUUGAAAAGCCAGACGAAGGUCAGUCAUACUACACUCUCAAGGACAAGAUUCUCUACAGGGUAUUUCCUCGUGAGGUAGGAAAUGACAUAUUUCAGUUUGUCCUUCCCCAUAAAUACAGGUCGUUGGCACUUGAAAUGGCACAUGACAUUCCUAUGUCGGGUCAUAUGGGAGUAAAGAAGACCAGAAACAGGAUUUUACAGCAUUUCUUUUGGCCUGGAAUUUUUUCAGACACAUCAAAAUACUGCAGAUCCUGUCCAGAGUGUCAAAAAGAUUAUGCUACAAAGUAUCCAAUUGCAGUAGCUCUAAAAAACCAAGAGGCGGAGACAGUAGCAGAGGCCUUGAUGGGAAUAUUUGCUGACGUGGGUUUUCCAAAUGAAAUCCUCACAGAUCAAGGCAGUAACUUUAUGUCCGAGUUGAUAAAAGAACUGUGUAGAUUACUGAAGGUGAGUAAAUUGGUAAGUUCUCCGUAUCACCCUCAAACAAAUGGCCUGGUGGAAAAGUUUAAUGGCACUUUAAAGAAAAUGUUGAAGGCAUAUGCGGUCAAAGAACCCUCAAAGUGGGACAAACAUCUUCCUUAUGUUCUUUUUGCUUAUAGGGAGGUUCCAAACGAAACCACUGGAUUUUCUCCUUUUGAAAUGCUUUUUGCAAGGCAGGUACGAGGUCCUUUAGCAGUCCUGAAAGAUCACUGGGAAGAACCAGAGAAUUGUCAGUCAUCUGUUCUGAGUUACCUACUCGAAACAAGGGAGCGAUUGAAGGAGUGCACAGAGCUCGCAAAAGAGAAGGAAAAAGUCGAAAAGCACAAGCAGAAAGUGUAUUACGACAGGAAAGCUAGAACAAGACAAUACGAGGUAGGUGACAAAGUUUUAGUAUUGCUACCAUCUAAUACAUCAAAAUUACUUGCACAGUGGAAAGGUCCAUUCGAGAUAACAGAGAAAGUCGGUAAUGUUGACUACAGAGUUAAGGUGAAAAGGAACAAAGAGACAGUAUUUCAUGUCAACAUGCUGAAAAAAUGGUAUGAUCGUGAGGACCAAUGUGAACAAGACUUGUCGAAAGAACAUUUAUCAGCUAUUGACAUACUGGGAGGUGUGUAUGAGAGUAUGGACUACGAUUCUGAAUUUAACGACAGAGCAUCACCUUCGUUAGAACUUCAAAAAGGGGCUGAAGAUGUAAUAUUUUCCGAUACACUGUCAAAUACUCAGGUUUGUCAGUUAAGAGGUUUGUUGAAUGAGUUUUCUGAUGUUUUUAGCGAUAUACCCAACAGAACAGAUGUAGUUCAGCAUUCAGUAAAACUUAAGUCAGACGAUCCCGUCCAUAAGAAGCCGUAUCCUGUGCCCUACGCACUGAGGGAACGCAUGCAGAAAGAGAUAGAUAAUAUGACCGAGAUGAUAUUGGAAUCUACAGUGAGACUUGGGACGAUCAUCUCCAGCAUUUGAGAGUAGUUUUCCAGCGAUUGAGGGAUGCAAAGUUG